AAGCCAGUAGGUAACCGUUUGCCGAAGCUCAUAGUUAUAGUUUGUCAAUUUUUCAUUCUGGUUAAUAUUGGUUUUUAAUUUUGUAAAAUAAAGAUAAAUGUUUUAAUAUAAUUAAGAUAUAAAUUAAUAUAAAUUUAAAUAUGGAUAAUACACCGAUACGAAGGCGAAUUAUAACGCCAACUAGUGAUCAACACAAUACCGAUCCAUUGCUUGUGCAUGCUUUCAAUUAUGAAGAGGACAAACAACAACAACCAUACUUAAAGUACUUUACAACAAAGAACAAAAUCAACGCAUAUUGGGGUCCAGUAUUCUUUAUAUUCUGGAUACUACUCUAUUAUUGCAUUGCAAUACCAGCCUUUCAUCAUCUUCCGAAGCCAAUUAACAUCAAGGAUGAGGCCAAAUAUCCUGAUCGAUUUAUUGCCGAACGUGCCGAAGUUAAUUUGCGUCGUCUUGUUGAUAUUGGUCCUCGGGUAGUUGGUAGCAAAGCUAAUGAACAAGAUACCGUAAACUUCUUCCUCGACACAAUACGAAAGCUCAAACAAGACGCACAUCCCGAAAUUGAUAUUGAAUUGGAUGUUCAAGUUGCAUCGGGCAGCUAUAUUCAUUGGGAAAUGGUUAAUAUGUAUCAGGGCAUUCAGAAUGUUGUUGUCAAAGUUGGAGCGAAAAAUUCAAAUAGUUCGUCGUUUUUAUUGAUUAAUAGUCAUUAUGAUUCGGUUCCUGGUGGACCAGGUGCUGGUGAUGAUGGUACAAUGGUUGUUAUUAUGUUGGAAGUCCUGAGAGUUAUAUCAAAAGCAAGACCUUUGAAGAAUCCAAUUGUGUUUCUAUUCAAUGGAGCUGAAGAAAAUCCAUUGCAAGCUUCACAUGCUUUUAUAACGCAACACAAAUGGGCAAAGAAUGCAAAGGCACUCAUCAAUCUGGAUUCAGCUGGAAGUGGUGGUCGGGAACUUCUCUUUCAAUCUGGACCUAAUCAUCCAUGGCUUAUGAGAUUAUAUAGAAAAAGUGCCAUGCAUCCUUUUGCAUCAACUGUUGCUGAAGAAAUGUUCCAAAGACAUUAUAUUCCAUCCGAUACGGAUUUCAGAAUAUUCCGAGAUCAUGGACGUGUUCCUGGACUCGAUAUGGCUCACAACUACAAUGGAUAUGUCUAUCAUACACCCUUUGACCGUCCCGAAAUAAUACCUCGAGGAACCUUUCAACAUACCGGUGACAAUGUCCUGGCACUUGCCAGAGAAAUAGCCAAUGCACCUGAACUCGAAGAUCCUUCACAAUUUGCCGAAGGACACACUGUCUUCUAUGACUUUUUAGGAUAUUUCCUUGUCUUUUACAGCGAGAUGGAAGGUAUCAUUCUCAACAUCAUCGUUUGCAUCAUAGCAAUCAGUUCGAUUACUGCCUCCUUCUUUAUGAUGUCCCAAAUCACUGGCCUAUCGGUUGACAGGAUAAUCAAACGAGCUUCGAUUCUAUUUGGAGUUCAUGUUCUCGGUUGCAUUGCUGGGAUAACGCUCACCUUUUUGUUUGGCAUGUUCAUGGAUUUGGUGCAUAUGCCAUUGUCAUGGUUCACAAAUUCAUGGCUAAUACUUGGCUUGUAUUUCUGUCCACUAUUCUUCGGACUGGGCAUUGUUCCAGCUAUAUUCAUUGCCAAAACUAAGGAUGAUCGUCUGCCAGUUUCAUUCAGAGUGCAGCUUUUGCUGCAUGGUCAUUGUCUAUUCUUGGUCAUGUUAACCUUGAUAAUGACCAUUUGCGGUAUUCGUUCAGCAUUUUUAUUUAUGCUGACGAUACUAUUCUAUUCAAUGGCUCUUAUAAUCAACCUCAUCACAAAGUUGCACAACCAACCCCUUGUUUGGAUGCUGCCACAUAUUUUGUGCCAAAUAAUUCCUUUCCUAUUUUACGCCUACUUGUCGCAUGGAUUUUUUGUUGCCUUCAUUCCGAUGUGUGGACGUUAUGGCGCAAAAACCAAUCCCGAGUUGAUUAUUUGUGCUUUUACUGUGGGUGUUGGCAUUUUAUGUGGAGCCUUUAUGAUGCCCGUGUUGAACCUUUUCAAAAAGUCAAAAACCCUUAUCUCAUCAUUGCUCGUUAUAACUGUAUUUUUCAUCAUCCUAGCUGCAACACCAAUUGGUUUCCCAUAUCGUCCUGAAACAUCAGUUCAACGAUUUUCGAUUUUGCACACUCGAAGAGUAUUCCAUGAAGCAGACUUAUCAGUGCGUAGAUUGGAAACAGGAUAUUUCAUAUUCCCCAACGAUAGACGAACUUAUUCCGUGAAACAACAAGCACUCAACAUGACCAAAGCUCGAACCCUUACCACAGAUUGUGAAUCUGAAGUAUUUUGUGGUUUGCCUGUUUACAAUCACAGGUGGCAUAAGUCAAGAAUCUAUAGUUUAUGGAUUCCAGGACCAGAUCCGGUAUUUGAUAAACUUCCGCAACUGACAGUUGUUUCGAAAAAUCAAAUUUCGAAAACUAAAAUUCGAUAUGAAAUGAAACUUUCUGGGCCUGAUCAUAUGAGUAUAUUUAUAAAUCCAUUGCAUGGAGCGAAAGUGAAGGAUUGGACCUUCCAUAAGACACCAUUACGAUUAGACUGGGAAGCACCAUUUUUCAUUUAUUUCUCAUAUGGUAUUGAUCCAAAGCCUUUGAGCUUCUUCGUGGAACUUGAGAGAACUACUGGUGAUUGGAGUUUAGAAAAUAUCGAAUUUGGUGUUAGUGGUCAUUGGAAUCAUCAUGAUAGUAUGAAAACUCCAGAAUUUAAAACAUUUUUGGCAAGUUUUCCAGACUAUGUCGAUACAACUGCAUGGCCAAGUUCAUAUGAAUCAUGGAAGUAUUAAUUAUUGUUAAGAGAUUUCAUUUUUUAGUUAUUUUUCUGUAAAAAAAAACUUAAUUUUCUUCAAUUGUUGAAUGAUUCAUUAAUUAUUCGACUGUGAGGCUUUUCUAAAUAAAAAUAAAAAUGUAAAACAACUA